AUCUUCGUGGGGCUUGAGACGUCCUUCGUCCAUGACCUCCCGGCGACGCUCGACAAGGUCUUCGAGGACAAGAUGAAUGGCAUGGUGGUGCCGCUCUUCCAUCCUCGCUUCAAGCGCGAUGACCGCGAGCUCUCGGACUCUCGCGACGGCCCACAAGCUCGCUCGGAUCUGGUCAUGGACUCGCGUGGAUGGACUGCAUCCGUGGUAGGCAAUAUCUCGAAGUGGAUGGACCUGGAUGCUGCCACACUGGAUGGACGUCUUAGCGCAGAGAAAGUUUUCAAGCAGGAGGUUGCUUGGGCUUCGCAUCUAUCCGUGCCGGCCGUGAUGCUGCCGACACCGCGCCAUGCUCACGCUUCGGCCAACUACGCGCGUGUACUGAACCAGUCGCUAACGCAAGCACAAUAUCUUCAAUUCUGGGUGCGCAUCCCGUUGACAACAAGAUACCAGUCGAACGUCAAGGCACCGAUGGAGAUUGAUCCCGUGGGAGGACUCCGUGGUGCUGCCAUGAUGGAAACGGACGAAGAGAACGAGGAGCUCACGGACACGUGGGAAACGUGGGAUGCGCUGCGUGCUCGUUGCGAGUAUCACCCCAAGCUGCACGUGGCGCUGGAAAUCACAGCCGAUCUGCCUAGCGCCGAGGAGAUCCAGCGCUGGCUAGGCGAACCUGUGAAGGCAGCAAUUAUCCCAACCGACAUCUUCCUGACGAACCGGAAGGGCUACCCGGCUCUGUCUCAACGACACCAGACGCUGAUGGCUCAGCUUUUCCAGCACAACAUCCAGUUUUACCUCAGUGGGCGACCUCGUCACCGUGGGAAGCUCUUGCCGUAUGUACAGUAUCUACACUACCUGUACAGUAAGCGGCCGAGUCAGGACCGUAAGGCGCAGUUUGAGUCGCCGUAUCUAGACUAUCUCCAAGCUCCCUUGCAGCCUCUGAUGGACAAUCUGGAAUCGCAGACGUACGAGACGUUCGAGCAGGACGCUUUCAAGUAUAACCAGUACGAAAAGGCGAUCACCCAGGCGUUGGAGCAGACUCCAGAAGAUAAAGAGUCCAUUGUGAUGGUUGUGGGCGCAGGUCGUGGUCCGCUCGUGCGCUGUGCUCUUCGCGCCGCUACUGUCGCCAACCGCAAGACGCGGAUGUUUGCAGUCGAGAAGAACCCGAACGCCGUCAUCACUCUGCGCAACCUCAAGAUCUCGGAGAAAUGGGACAACGUCACGAUCAUCGCGUCAGACAUGCGUAGCUGGCACACCGAGGAGCGUGCUGACAUCAUGGUGAGCGAGCUUCUGGGGUCUUUUGGAGACAACGAGCUGUCUCCAGAGUGUCUCGAUGGCGCGCAAGACUUCUUGCAUGAAAAUGGCAUCAGUAUCCCAUGCGAGUACACGUCGUUCGUGACACCUGUAAUGUCCUCCAAGCUCUGGAACGAAGUCAAAGUGCACGACUCGCUCAAGAGCUUCGAGACGCCCUAUGUGGUGCGACUUCACAACUUUUACGCCUUGGCACCCACGCAGAAAUGCUUCCGGUUCACGCACCCGAAGUUUAACGCGAGGAUCGACAACCGCAGACAAGCAGAGCUUCGGUUUAUCGCUGCAGAGAGCGCUGUCGUCCAUGGACUGGCGGGUUACUUCGAUGCUGUGUUGUUCGGUGACGUGACGCUGAGUAUCGAACCAGACACGCACUCGGAUGGCAUGUUCAGUUGGUUCCCCAUCUACUUCCCAUUGCGCCAACCACUGCGCUUCCACAAGGGAGAGGAAGUUGUCGUCAACUUCUGGAGACUCGAGUCCAACAACCGUGUCUGGUACGAGUGGUCUGCGUCUUCGGGCGAUGGCAAAUGUCACGUUCCGAUUCACAAUCCUAAUGGACGGUCUUACUGGAUCGGACUGUAG